AUGUUUUCGUUUUUCGUUUCUUUUAUAAAGUGUGAAGAUAUAUUUACUGAUUUCGAUCCAACCCAGCUUGAAGCACAUCAUUACGGACCAAAAUCUAAAUGGAUUCUAAACAAUGCAAGCGCUCAUUCGUCAUCAAAUUAUAUUUUCUUCUCAUGUCACUCUUUCUUGGUUUGCAAUUACUAUAAAGAAGUUGCAAACAUUUUUGAAAAUAAUAGCAUCGAAUUUGUUCGCGUAGAUAGUAAUUUUUCUUUUAAUAACUUCAGUUUUACAACAAGUUCUUCAAAAACAUACGAAUUCAAUAUAGUCAACAAUUAUUCGGAUAUAUAUGAACCCAUUGCUUUCUUUUAUGGAAAUUCCGAUCAAAAAUCUAAUAUUUCGGAAAUCAACGAAAGUAAUUACAUUACAAUCAUUGCACCAGAAAGUCAAUAUGAAAGUAUGAUAAAAUUAUCACUUGAACUUUACGAUGAGAUAGGAUUCGUAAAUGUAAGAAAAACAAACGAAUCAGAUACCUUCCAAUUAUGGAAUCCAUAUGAAAGGGAACUCUCAGACUUCUCUGGUACAAAAGAAUCCCUUUUAUCGGUAAUGAAUCGCAAAAUUCGGACAAAAACUUACAAACAAUUAUUAGAUUCGGAUGAGGUCACUUUAAUAUUUACCAAGGCCAAACCCAACAGAACAGAUAUUGAUUUAAUAUACAGAAUCGUCUCAGUAUUCCCUAAAUUAAAUGUUAUGUAUGGAAAUCAAGAAAUCUUGCAAGAUAUGAAUUAUCUUGCAUCACCAAUUGAUUCCCAAUUUGCUCUACUUUAUCCAACCCUCGGAAUUUUCUCUACUUUACAGAAAAAAGAACUAAAUAGAACAAUUCACUUGACAGAGAGACAAAUCAGAGCAGAAAUACAAGAGGCAAGAGAUCUUAUGAAUAUUACAUUCGAUGAUACAAAGAAAGUUCAACGACCAGUUGAAUAUCUCGAUUGUAAAAAUCCCCAUUCAAUUCCAAUUCAACUCUUCUAUGGCCCACCGUUAACCGAUACACAAUUUGCCAGAGUUCGGUGUUUCAUUAAAGAUUACAUCGAAAACAAGUUUUUCCCGGUUGAAAGCACAAUGGCAGGGUCCAACAAUACUUGGUUCAACGUAUAUAUCCCAGUAAACAUAACUAGAGAUGUAACUCAGGAACAAUUUUGGGAAUUAGUUGCUAAUUUAACUUAUACGUUGAAUAACUCACUUCCUUGGAACGAAUAUGGACCAGGAAUGCCAGGAUAUCGCGAAUUGUCUUUCGACAAAAACGGAUAUCAAAUAAAUAAUCCUCUGAAGAUCCAAGAAGUCAAUUCCAUUGACAAAUACUUCAGAGGUGGCGCCGACAGAGCUAAUAUUAAAGAAUUUAUGGGCACAAUUCGAAGAAAUAUGAAUUCAACUCAAGAUUACAAGCCAAUGCAAGUUUAUCCACGUAUUAUCUUUGAUUGGCUCUACUCGGCUGUUAACGCAACUCGUUGGUUCUCGCUUUCAGUGCCAACAAACCAAGAUUCAAUUUUCAAUCAAAAACCAGCGUUCAAACAUCUUAAUACUGGCAGUUUCGGGCCAUUUUAUGCUGGAGCACAUGAUAAAUGCAUAUUAUUCUACGACAAUUCCCCUCAAAGCGAGCGAAUGUUGUACGAAUUUUCAAAAUUGUCGAGACUUGCAACACAAGUCGACAAAUACAGAGACCUAUCAUUCGGAGCAAUCAAUGUUGACAUGAACUACGCACAGUUCAUGCCUAGAAACAUAUCUGCUCCUCUAGUUAUGAAAUCUAAGAUUCCAUUCAUUGCAGUUCUUCCUCAGCAAUGGUAUAAUUUCAGAGCAUUCAUCAUUGAUAAUGGCGAUGAUAUGGCGAGAUUAACAUCCGAAUACGAAGAAAGAGAAAGAUUCGAUCAUCCAUCGAAAUCAGUUAGCUCUUUCUUCAACGAAUCACUUUGGGAUCCAUUGCAUUACAGCACAAUGCAGAAAAAGCUCAAAACUCUCACAAAGAAGAAUGCUACGGCUGUUUCUCCGAGCGGAAAACACUUAAUUCCAAAUGAAAUGUUUUAUUGGAGUUUACAAUACUACAGAGGUCGCUAUUAA